ACGUAGUUAUGGGUUGUUGUGGGGGUAGUUUGCUUGAGGCAGGCGAUAUUCAGUUUGUUCCGUUCUUCUUCUCCGACGGCUCAAGUCAAAAACUCCUCUUUUGAUGAGAGCCCUUCCACGUUCGCCCUCUCUCUCUGGAACCAAACCUAGAUUUCUCACCGAUCGGCGGUUCAAUUUCUGUCUCUGCAACAAACAAGCGAUUGAAUUCGUGAAUGCACCAAAUGGCAAAUCUAUCAUUAUAUAGAGAGAGAAACGAGAUUUGGAUCUUGUUUCAUUAAUCGGCGUGGUCUACUAAUUUUGUUUUAGAGAGAGAAAAGGAGAGGAAUUUGUUGUAUUUUACAGGGUUUCCGUCUGGUUUCAUUGUUCUAGAGAGAAGGAUAAAAUUGAAGAGAGAGAGGUGAUGUAUGGAUCCGAUGAAUGAAUUUGAUUCCAUUAGAAGAAUUUUUCGCUAAAGAAAGGUCGGUUGGUCUUAAUCAGAUCUAUUAGGGCAUUUUGAAUGUUGUAUUUUGGCGAUUCGUGAUAUCUACAUUUUGAAUGAUGAUUUCGAAUCCCGAUUUGGUUUAUUACGCCUCUGUUUCCAAAGGAACUACGAUUCUCGCAGAGUUCAACUCCGUGGACGCCGAUCUCGGAAGGAUUGCUGCGAAAUGUCUCGAAAAGACGCCGCCUUUUCACAUCAUUUUCUCUCAUACCAUUCGACAAAGGACCUACAAGUUCUUGAUCGACGACCCUUUUAUCUAUUUCGCCGUGUUCGAUGAGAAUCUGGAUAACUCGGAAGGUCUUGUCUUUCUUAAAUGCGUACAGGACGCGUUCAUUGAUAUCAUUGAGAGCAAUCCCAUCAAUGAUUUGGACAGUUUGCAUUUUCAUUGUUUUCAAGGCGAAUUCAAUCCAGUAUUCCAUCAAUUGUUGACACCACCGUUGAAUUUCGAUGCUAUGCAUUCGCCACGGGGAGUUCUUAAACACUCUCGGAGUGGAAGUUUGGAAUCGCCCAAAGGGUUGAAAUUUGGGUCUGUGCCGUUGCUCAGAGGGGAUAAGUUCAUGGGGUUGAAGAAGAAGAAGAAGCUGAAUAUUAAGUUGAAUAUGGAGACCGAUGGUGAAGGCGAAGAUUCAGUGGUCAGUAACAGGGUGGAUAUUACUGAUGGUGGUGCUGGUUUGAGUAGAGAAUUUUCGGUGUUAAUGCAAAAAAAUGGAUUUUAUGCUGUGGAUUCAGGAACCCAAAGGGCAAAGCUAGUUUGGAAGAAACAUGUUUGGGUGGUGUUGUCAUUGGACUUGAUUGUUUGUUUUAUCUUGUUUGGGAUAUGGUUGUGGAUUUGCAGGGGAUUUAAAUGCAUUGAUGGUUGAAUUGGCACUAGCAGGUUUGGAUGGUGGUGUUCCCUGAUUGUUGAAUCUUUUUUCCUGUACAUUGCUAGCAGUUGGGUUCUGUGAUGAUAUUUUCAAAGGCGUAUUGGUAUAGUAAAAUAGAACCUCCAGUUACUUGUGAGUUUCCAAAUUGUGAUUCAGCUUCUACUGGUAAUCUAUUUUAUCAAUGAAGUCCUGGUAUUCUGGACAAGUAUAUAUACCGCUUCUUAAUAUGGUUCUUAACUAUCUCAUUUUGUGUUAUGCUUUAAACUGUAUGUGUAAUUACACAGAUAUUAUGGGCCUACACAUUUUUAAAUUAUCUCUUCAGAAAUGUUUCUGGUUAA